AAACAAACGCAGCUGAAGACUCUUUUUCAAUUCCCCAACACAACACAACAAAACACACACAGUGAGUGAACCAACGAGAACGAGUUACAUGUUCUUUCUCCAGUUUCUGAAUUUUGAUUCUGAUUUCAUAUUUAUUUAAUUCACCAAUUUCGGAUUCAUUCAGAUAUCUUUAUUUAAUCACCACCGCAUUACAUUGAAAUUGAAAUUGAAUGCACGCCGAUUCUUGAAACUUGAUCACCGCCGCGUGCGUUUUCAAUUUCAUCAUCAGGUUCAGUGAGAAUGGAGGUUGCAGUUUCAAGACAAGAACAUUCGAACUCGAAUCAACGUGCUGAGGAUGAUAAGAUGCAGUUCUCGAGAUGCUCGAAACCUUUUGGAGCUGCAUCAAGUAGGAAGGCUAAGGGGAUUGGUGAAUAUGGUAGUAAUAAGAGGCUAAAACUAGAAGGGGAAGGAGGAAGUGUGGUGUACUCAAAGAAGGUUACUGCAGUAAGAAUGGAUGCUACAGUUGCGAAGCGAGAACAGUCAAGUCAGCAUAUUGGAAUUUCAAACAGGAGAAAGGGUCGAGAAAUUCAGAAAGGGAAAGAAGGCAUUCUGACAUGUUCAAAGGUGACCCCCAGACUUCCAUCUAAGAAAAGAGAUGAGUCCAAGAAGCGUACUACCUCAAGCAAGAAAAGGAAAUUUUAUGAAGAUUAUGAAGAAGAUGAUGAAGAAGGUGAAGUUGAAGAUGAAGAUGACGAUGAAGUAGAUGGAGAAGCACUUUUUCUUUCAAGGACAAAUGCCAGGAGGAGAGCUAGUACAACGGAUAACAUGGUGGGCACUCAACAAAAACCUCGGAUAUGUCACCAGUGCAUGAAAAAGGAGAGAACAGCUUUUGUGCCUUGUACUAAAUGUCCGAAAAUGUACUGCAUGCGGUGCCUCCAUCAAUGGUAUCCUGAUAUGUCAAUAGAAGAAGUUGCUGGAAGUUGCCCAUUUUGCCGUAAAAAUUGCAAUUGCAAUGCUUGUUUGCAUUCAAAAGGGGUGAUUAAGACAUCUGACAAUGACAUCGCCAACUCCGAUAGAGCUCAGUAUCUGCACUAUAUGAUUAACCUACUCCUUCCAUAUCUGAAACAAAUUUGCCAUGAACAAACACAAGAGAAAGAGAUUGAAGCUAAAAUACAAGGAAUAUCUUCUUGUGAGAUUGACAUACAACAAAGUUUGUGUGUUGACGGUGAACGUGUAUAUUGUGACCAUUGUGCUACUUCAAUUGUUGAUCUUCAUCGAAGCUGCCCCAAGUGUUCGUUUGAACUAUGCCUUAGUUGUUGCCGAGAAAUACGUGAUGGAAGCAUUACACCCCGGGCUGAUAUGAAGUUCCAAUAUGUGAAUAGGGGUUAUGAUUAUAUGCACGGUGGUGACCCUCUACCAGUGUCUUGUCAUUUAGAGGCUUCAGAUGACCAUAUUGAGCUAUCUUCUCAGUGGAAUGCCAAGAUUGAUGGAAGUGUCAGUUGUGCACCAAAGGAGAUGGGGGGUUGUGGUAGCUCUGUGUUGGAGCUUAGGCGCAUUCUCCCACAAGGGUGGAUGUCAGACUUGGAGGCCAAAGCUUGCAGUAUGCUGCCAAUAUCAGAAAUUGAACAAACAACUCUUCAUCAGAAAGAAGCGGUAUCGAGCUCCAACUAUGUGAGAAAAGCAGCCUUUAGAGAUGGCACAAAUGGCAAUAGCAUACACUGUCCAGAGUCAGGAGACAUUUCCAAAGAAGGGCUAUUGCUUUUCCAAAAACAUUGGGCUAGUGGUGAACCCAUCAUAGUUCGAGAUGUUCUUAAACAGGGGACUGGUCUGAGCUGGGAGCCAAUGGUCAUGUGGCGAGUAUUGUGUGAAAAUAAAGUUGCAGAAAUCAGUUCAAAAAUGUCAGAAGUGAAGGCCAUUGAUUGCCUGGCUAACUGUGAGGUAGAAAUUAAUACUCAUAAGUUCUUUAAAGGUUAUAUAGAGGGAAGAACGUAUGAAAACCUCUGGCCAGAGAUGCUCAAGCUAAAAGACUGGCCCCCCUCUGAUAAAUUUGAAGAUCUUUUGCCCCGCCACUGCGACGAGUUUAUUCGCUCCUUGCCAUUUCAAGAAUAUACUGAUCCUCGGGCUGGAAUUCUUAAUCUUGCUGUGAAGUUGCCAGCAAAUGUCCUAAAACCUGACAUGGGGCCAAAAACAUAUAUUGCUUAUGGGUUUAAAAAAGAACUUGGUAGAGGAGACUCUGUAACAAAGCUUCACUGUGAUAUGUCAGAUGCGGUAAAUAUUUUGACCCAUACAGCUGAGGUGAUAUUAACCGACGAGCAGCUUUCCACUAUUUCAAAGUUGAAAGAAGCACACAAGGCACAAGAUGAUAGAGAACUCCUAAAUGGUCAAUCUUGCAAGGACAGCAGAGAAUAUAUAGAAAAGAAGGAAGUCUUAGACUCCAAAGAAAAUGAAUCAAUAGAAACAGGUUGUGCAUUAUGGGACAUAUUUCGGAGAGAGGAUACUGAAAAGUUAGAAACGUAUCUAAGAAAGCACUCAACUGAAUUUAGACAUGCUUAUUGUUCUCCAGUUGAACAGGUUGUACAUCCAAUUCAUGACCAAUGUUUUUAUUUGACUUGGGAGCACAAGAAGAAGCUAAAGGAGGAGUUUGGUGUAGAACCCUGGACUUUCAAACAGAAUCUUGGGGAAGCAGUAUUUAUUCCUGCUGGAUGCCCACACCAAGUGAGGAAUCUCAAGUCAUGCACAAAAGUUGCUGCAGACUUCGUGUCCCCAGAAAAUGUCCAUGAGUGUCUGCGUUUAACUAAUGAGUUCCGUCAGCUUCCCAAGAACCACAAAGCUAGAGAAGAUAAACUUGAGAUAAAGAAGAUGAUAGUUUAUGCCGUGGAUCAAGCUAUCAAGGACUUAACAGAUUUAUUGAACCUUUCUUGAUUGGAUGAAUGCUGCUUGAAGAAAGCUAAUUCAUUUUGCCAUGAUCGGAGAUCCUCUACUUUGCUGUGAAUGUUAAGAGUGGUCCAUAUAGAAACAUUGUGAAGUCAGAAUGUUUUACUAGUUUUUUUCAGUUAAUUUAAUUGGAGGGUUUUAAUGGCUCUCACAGUAGAGUAAUUAGUCCCUUGCUUUGAUAAUGAUAGAGUGAUUCCUUUUGUUAAUGUAACAUUUUAUAUAACAGUUUCAGAGUUUUGUUACCAAAUAAAA